AUGAUGCAGACAGAGCAACCACAGUCUUCUCCAAGUUUCAGCGCUCACUCUUCCGACUCUUUCUCUCACAUCGCCACAAGAGUCGUCCACGAACUCCGCAGCGACCCAACCCGCACUCUUUGCCAACAAAACGACAACCCUUACCAAACUGACAAUGUUGACGCUGCUGAUGAUUUCGAGUUCUCCUUCGUUUUCAGACACACAGAUUCCUCCCCUGUCUCUGCCGAUGACAUUUUCUACAACGGCCAAAUCAGACCUUUUUACCCUUCUUUCCACCAAAACACGGUCGCUCACUCUUCCGUUACUUCCCUUCCUGUUGAAAACUCUCGUCGUCAACGUCUAUCUUUGAAGACGCUGAUGUUGGAGGAGCGAGAGACUAUAAACAACAACGAGCUCGAAGGCCUGGCUGAAGGAACGUAUUGCGUGUGGACCCCACCCUGCAAGAAGAAAAGUUCGUCACCCAAGAGGUGGAGGCUUCGAGACCUUGUGUCGCGGAGUAAUAGCAGUGACCAGAAGGACUCUCUCCUCUUAGUGGGUCCCGCCAAGAGGACUAGGAAGGUGGUGCCUAAGCAUGCCUCCGCUCACAACUGUGGCACCACCGCGAAGUUGGUGGGGUUUUUCACCAACGCGUCGGAGUGA